UCAUUAUCAUUUAUCCAACUUGCUUUCAUCAAUCGUUCGAUUUUUCUCUCUUUCUGUGGUGUGUGUCUGACACACCCCAUUUCCAAUAAUAAGAAAACAAAUUCGGCGUUUUUUAGCAUUCCGAGGUCAUUCGGUUAUUUCCUCAUCCAUAAGAAUUAAGGAUUUGCUCUCUGUAUUCUCAUUCUCUGUCCUCCAAGGAAAGAGGGCUGAACUGUGAAGGAGAGAGAUAGAAGGAGCAGAAAGAGGCUUCUUCUCAACCAGAUAUGGGUUCUGUAGAUGAUGAUUCGUCGCUUGUGGAACAGGGUCUUCUUCAGGAUCCAUUGGAGAGGCAAUAUACAGGAGAUGGCACAGUUGACUAUGAAGGCAACCCAGUUCCUAAGGAGAAUACUGGCGGGUGGAGAGCAUGUGCAUUUAUCCUUGGAAACGAGUGCUGUGAACGUUUGGCUUUCUUUGGUAUUUUAACAAAUCUUGUUACCUAUCUUACCAACAAACUACAUCAAGGAAAUGCCUCUGCUGCAAAAAAUGUUACCAUCUGGCAAGGCACUUGUUAUCUUACAACUCUGAUUGGAGCUGUUCUAGCAGAUACAUAUUGGGGAAGAUAUUGGACAAUUGGUGUUUUUUCCACUAUUUAUUUCUUGGGGCUGUGUAUAUUGACUCUUUCUGCAUCAGUUCCUGCUUUGAAGCCUCCUGAAUGCUUGGGUUCUCAUUGUCCUCCAGCUACUCCUGCACAAUAUUUUGUGUUCUACUUUGGUCUCUAUGUGGUUGCCCUUGGAACUGGAGGUGUAAAAACAUGUGUGUCAUCUUUUGGGGCAGAUCAGUUUGAUGAUACUGAUUCUAAGGAAAGAAUUACUAAAGCAUCCUUUUUCAACUGGUAUUACUUCUCUAUUUACCUAGGUGCUCUUGCAUCAAGCACCUUCAUUGUGUGGAUUCAAGACAAUGUAGGAUGGGCUCUUGGUUUUGGCAUUCCCGCUUUAUUUAUGGGAGUAUCGAUUGUAAGCUUCUUUUUAGGCACACCAAUCUAUAGGUUUCUAAAACCAGGGGGGAGCCCCAUUAAAAGAAUUUGCCAGGUUUUGGUAGCAUCUGCCCGAAAGCAGGAGUUGGCUGUCCCUGAGGAUAGCAGUCUCCUGUAUGAGACAGCAGACAAGAAAUCUGCUAUCGAAGGGAGCCGCAAACUGGAGCAUAGUGAUGACAUGAGACCGUGUACCUUUUACCAGGCUCUAUGUGUUGAUUAUUUGUGCAAUAUCAGCCGUAAGGAUAGGUUUUUCAGGUGCCUCGAUAAAGCAGCUAUAGUGUCUGAUGCUGAGAGCAAAAUUGAUUAUUUUCCUGAUCCAUGGAGACUCUGCACUGUGACACAAGUUGAGGAACUGAAGAUCUUGCUCCGCAUGUUCCCAAUUUGGGCUUCAGGAAUCAUUUUUGCUGCUGUCUAUUCCCAGAUGGCAACCUUGUUUGUGGAACAAGGAACGAUGAUGAACACAACUAUCGGUUCCUUCAAGAUCCCUCCAGCUUCCCUCUCAUGUUUUGAUGUGAUAAGUGUUGUUGUGUGGGUCCCCAUCUAUGACAAGAUACUUGUUCCACUUGCCAAGAAAAUUAACGGCACGGAGAGGGGAAUUUCUGUGUUUUAUAGAAUGGGAAUUGGCCUUCUUGUUUCGGUUGCAUGCAUGUCGGCCGCAGCUGUGGUGGAGAUCAUGCGUCUGCAGCGUGCGAGAGAGCUCGACCUUAUUGACAAACAUGUUGCUGUACCCAUUAGUGUGCUCUGGCAAAUACCUCAAUACUUCUUAUUGGGUGCAUCCGAGGUAUUCAUGUUCGCCGGACAGGUUGAGUUCUUCUACGAUCAAUCUCCGGAUGCUAUGCGGUCUUUAUGCACAGCACUGCCACUUGUGAGUUUUGCACUGGGGAACUACUUGAGCUCUUUCAUUCUUACCGUGGUAAUUCACUUUACGACACAAGGCGGAAAACCGGGAUGGAUACCGGAUAACUUGAACGAAGGUCAUCUUGAUUACUUUUUCUGGCUUUUAGCUGGACUUAGUUUCUUAAAUUUGUUGGUGUACAUUGUCACUGCCAAAAAGUACAAGAAGAAGAAGGCUAUUGCUAUUUUUUAAGGCCUUCAGGCAUAUCUAUCUAGAGUGGAAGCAUGUUAUGACAUUUCCUUUUUUUUUUUCUUUUUGGUGAUUAUUCUUUGUCUGAGAACUACUAGCUCAGGAACACAGCCUAAAUCAUCUAAUAUAUUAUUCUUUGUUAUAAAA